GUAUUCAUGUAAUGUGUCAAAUGCAUAGUAUAUGUUGCUCUCAAGCACGACUCACCAUCGCAUCUCACCUUCUUUCAUAUAUUUAGAUCUGGAAUCUUUUUCUCUAGCUUGUUGCUAAGAUCUUCUAAAUACCUCUAAUCUUUUUGGCGAUCUUUGCUCCUUUUAACAGCUGCUCAUUAUUAUAAAGAACUUAGGAUUCUUGAAGAUGAUGUUUUGUUUUCUCAGGAAGUAGAUCUUUCCCUCUCCUGCUUCGUGCUCCCAUUCUCUUCUUGAGAGCAGCUCUCUUAGAUCUACUACUACUUCUUCACUUAGAACUGUGAGAGAAAUUGUCUUCAUUAUAAGCAAGUCUUGGAUUCUGUUAAGUUCAGAUUUCUACUACUACUGCUGCUACAAGUGUACAGAAAAUGUGCAUCCAGCAAAAUAAUUUCUGCUUUCUUGAAAGAGAUCCCAGAUCCAGUGAAUCUUCACCAACGUCGCUGAAAUCGUUCGUCAUCGUCUCAGCUUAGUUCCAACGCCGAAAACUACUACAAUCAUGAGUCUACAGGUUUUCAUAGUUGAUGACAAAUGGGUUGCUAAAACAUCAUUGGUAACGAAGUUUCUCCAUGAUAACCCUGGGGAUGCGAAUGGACGGCAAAAUCAAGAGUAUGAAAAACAAAUCUGGAUUGAUAAUCGAAAGUGGAAUUUGGAGAUAAUAGUUGGUAAUGAGUGUUGGCUGUGUAUUCCUGGAUAUGAUCACGUGGCUUGUUGUGUUCUCGUCUACGAUGUCUACAACAGGCAAUCGUUUGAGAAUCUCACUAAGCAUAUUGAAGAGUUCUUUGUCUUGGCUAAUCCAAAAGCCUAUAAAUUCAAGUUCGUUGUCUUGGGGAACAAGAUUGACAAGAUAGGGGAACGAUGAUUUUUUUUUCCUUUUUCUUUUGGAGGCUUUUCUCUCUUUCCUCAUUACAUUUCAAUUAAGAAAGAUUUUGUUGGUUCGGUUUGCUUUUAAACAAUUUAAUUCGGUUCAGAUUUGAUUAUGUUUAUGACAAAAUAUAUCUAUCCAA